CCCAGCAGAAGGUUACAGCAUCUGAUUUGUCUAACCGGCCUUAUCUUUGAACGCCCCAAACUCUAUCAUGCUUGCGCGCGCUUGCAACGACGAUAAAGUCAAUUUUUUUUUCAUUAACAAGUAUUCAUUAAUAGUUACAUACGCGAUCUAGGUUGGAAUGAAACGCAGACACGUGUUAGGAAAUAGGAGAAGCCCGGCCGCAUAGCCGAAGUCGCGACGCUGCCAAUCUAAUGCCAGAGAGCGUUAGCAGGAGUCAGAGCGGCCAUUCGGUCAGCAGCUUUAGUUCUGCUCCUAGCAGGGAAAGCGUCGUCAGCAGGCUUGAGGAUGGGGCCACAUCGGAGUUGCUCGAAUUGGGCGAGGGCUUCGUGGUUGGCAUCUUUGGUGUCUUAUUCACCAUUGUCAAGGAGCGCUACAACACAGGCGUGCGCUUCCUUCUCGUCAAGCUUGCCCUGGACUUUGCACAGCUUUUUACGGUGGUGUUCAAACCCUCAGACGGCUGGAUUGUGGAUCAGAACCUCUGGUGAGUGAUGUGCCAUACAGCGGGCCACACGAGAGGUAGGGAGGGCUGUGACAUGAUGUGAUGUUGCGUCCCUGUCGCGUUGCGCUUCCCUGUGCUACGGGGCGGCUGGUGGGGCAUGUGGACAGUGCGGGCGCGGGGAGCAUGGCCAGCUGCAGCACUAGCUGAAGCUGCAGGCCGAGCAGGCCGCGAGCCGGGAUCUGCUGCUAGGUAGCGCAGGAGCAUUGGAAGCGGUACUUCCAUGGUGACAGCGUAGGUGGGGCUCGACAGCUGCUGCUGCUGCAGCAGUCGCCGGGGGCGACAAUGGCGUGUGACGUGCUCUGCAAGCGGUUUCAGCACGGCAGGGAGGCAGAGUGGAGCUGCAGUCAGGGACGCAGCCAGGCAAUGGCGCCAGCUUGGCCGCAGGCGGCAGAGCAGCUCAGAGCGGACGCGGGAUCCGCUAGCCGUCCACUGUCCGCAGCUAGCCGCAGGGGGGCUGGGGCUGCGGGCCCACCCGGCUGUACGGCGCGGCAGUGUGCGGGUGCGGGGGCGCCGGGCGGUGAGCGCCACUCGAGGAGGCGCUUCCAAGGGACCUGGCGCCGGUGAUAGGCGCGAGGAACGACAAACGAUGGGAGCAGGACUAGCCGGUCCGCCUGCUGCCGCCUGCCGCAGGGGGGCGGUACGCCCUGCCAGCCCCAUCCGCCUUGUGUGGGGGAGGAAUGGGGUAUGAUGCAGCGGAGUUGGGGAGCACCCGGGAGGGAACCACCCGGGAGGGAGCUGACCAUUGGGGCAGGGCUCCACCAUGCAGCAGGCAGUAGGCAGCAUGUGUGUGCCGCAUUAUGGUCCCGCACCCGCCGACCCGGCGAGGCUAAUGGUGGUGGGCAGCAUGGGGGCGUCAGGCGGGCAGCCACCCGGGCUCGCUGUUGCCUGGGCCCGAGCGCCCCACACGAGCUGGUGAAGCCGGCUGGGGCACAGGGUCUGUGAGGGCAGCCGCGUGUUGGAGGAGGGCUGGCAGACGCAGCGAGGGACGCGGGGGCCGCAGGCAGACGGGGUUGCAGCCGCAGGCCAGCAGGCGGUUCCGAGUCCCCUUGGCCUUGACCAGGACCAGCUACUCUCCCCGCAACCCUGGGCCCGUGCACCCUCGUGAGGUGCCCAUUGAGUUCCGCUCCUACUCCUCUCCAUUUCGCCCUCCCUUUCCCUCCUCCCUGCAGGCUGUGGAAGGUGCUUCAGAUGCUGCAGUUCGAGGACUUUAUCCGACCCAGGGGCUACAGCUUCCUGCUUGCGGCGCUGUACUUGGUGAUUGCGCUGCUGCUGGUGGCGGUGGCUCUGUCCUCCUGGGUGGCGUGGUGCUUCCAACACCGCAACUUCCCAUUCGUGUGGCCCAUCAAGCUGCUCCGCGUGUAUGCCAACAUCUUCUUCCACGUGCUGGAUGUGGCCACCCUCACGCUGCUGCAACUGCCCUUCGACUGCCGCUGGCUGGGUUACUCCAAGGAUCUGCGCAACCAUCUCUCCAUCUUCCCCAGCAUGGUCUGCACCGCCAUGCCCCACGUGGCCCACAUGACGGCUGCCGGGGUGGCACUCACCGCCUACCUGUCCAUGGCAGCGCUCAAUCUCAUGGCGGACUUUGAGCUGAACCCCACCACCCGCAACCUGUACGCCACCGCCAACAGCGCAGUGGAGGUCCGUGCGUUCUUCAUCAAGUCGCUCAUGACCAUGACAACCUACGCGAUCGGCUGGCCGCGCAUCCAGAACCUGUUGCUUCUGGGCUUCACCGCUUACCUCACCUGGAUGUACCUCAAAUGGCAACCCCACCUGUUCGGCUGGGUGAACCACCUGCGAGUGGGCCUCAACGCAGCCAUCACCGUAGUCAGCCUGGGCGCGGUGGUGCUGUCCUUCCACAAGCAGCCAACUCGGGAAUUCCGUGUGCACGUGACCAACACCUUCUUCGCUAUGACUGGUCCGGUCAUGAUUGCUGGAUCCGCACUGUCGUACGUACGACUCACCUGGUGGACCAAGUACGUGCUCAUGCGCUACCGUACGGCACCCGCCCGACAGAAGGCGCGACGGAUCUACAAAUUCAAGGACGCGCGGGAGGUUGAGAUUGUGGCUCGCGUGUGCCGCCGCUGGACGGAUGCGCACUUCGAGGUGUUAGACCGGGGUGCAGCCAAGGAGGCGGAAAUUGUGAUUAAGGGAGGCAUGCAGCUCUUCCCAAACAGUGCCACCAUGAUUCUCACCUACGUCAACUUCCUAGUGGACGUCCUGGAGAGCACCCAGACGGGCUACAGCCAGCUGCAGGCCGCGAAGAAGUGCACCCCCAACCUCAUGGAGCGGUUCGCCAUCUUCGCUCGGGAGCAGGAGCACAUGCAGCGCGCCACGGGUGCCAAGUCGGGUGAGAGCAGUGUGGACCUGGUGAGCUACGUGGAGUACCAGCGCAACCACAGGAUGGUCAUGCGCGCCCACCGAGCCGCCCUGGUGGCCAUACGCAACUUCUGGCAGCUGCUGCUGCACAACUCCGUGUCCUUCACCUCGCUGGCAAAGGCGCUGCACAGGAUUGAGAAAUGCGUCAAUGUGGCCGAGGGCUUCUACCGCACCGCCCUAGCUCGCUACCCCGCCAGCCCCAAGCUGCUGCGGGGGUACGGCAAGUUUCUGGAGGCCGUCAAGAACAACCCUUGGAAGGCGGCGAAGUACUUCAGCGAGGCUGAGAAGCUGCAGGAGCUGCAGCAGCAGGACGAGGCCACCCUGGCCGUGAUGGGCCCCGAGGAGGGCGGGGUGGGCGGUCUGGGCGGCGGCGCGCACCUGCUGCACAGGGUGGACGAGCGGGUCAACAUCGUGUUCCUCAUCAACAGCGCGGGCAUCAUCCAGCUGGCGAAUAAGAACGCCUGCUCGCUGCUGGGCUACGGCAAGGGCGAGCUGGACGGCAAGAACAUUAACACCAUCAUGCCUCCGCCCUUCAGCCAGCGCCACAACCGCUACAUCAGGCAGUACAUCCAGACCGGCCGCGAGCGCGUCAUCUCCUCCGUCAACACCGUGGUGGCGCUGCACAAGGCGCGCUACGUGCUGCCCGUGAAGCUGGCAGUGUCCAAGGUGUCGGGAGCCACGGAAGACUCCAUCUUCAUGGGCGUGCUGGAGACUGUCCCGGUGGACCCAGCCGAGGCGCACCUCUACCUACUGCCCAGCGGCGUGGUCACCGCCAUGGACCAGGCCUUCGCGGAGUGGCUGGGCUUCGAGCUGGGAGACAUCAUCGGCAAGGACAUCGGCACGCUGGUCACGGACGCGGAGCAGAUCAAAAACCUCCUCCCCAAGUUCGACCCCCUCACCUGGGCCAAGCUGCAGCGCGUUAGCACCCUGGCGCCCGGCCUCGCCGCCGCCACCGCCGCCACCCUCACCCCCGGCACCACCACCUCCGGAACCCUGCACACCGGCCUCACCACCGGCCUCACCACCGUACCCGCCUCACCACCGCUCCCCAGCACCGGCCUCGGCGGAACUACCACCACCACCACCCACGUCCCCGGCGGCAUGUUCCACGGCCUACACAUGGGCGGCCUGCACAUGCCCGCCCUCUCCAUGCACCUCCCCUCGCCCAACAACAACUACAACACCCUGGCACCCGGCGCCUCGCCCUCCAUGACUGCCGUACAGUCGCUUGCCACCCCCGAGCACCUGACCUCCGUACACUUCCUGCACAAGUACACUCGGCCGGUGGAGUGCAGCGUGACCAUGCAGCGGCUGGGGGUGGGCCCGGUGGAGUGCAUGGUGGAGCUCACGCUGCGGCGCAACGGCCCCGCGCACCUGCUGGCGCUCACAGGGCCCAGCGGCAGGGUUAGGUACAUUGCCAGCGAGCUAGCUCGCGCGCUGGGCACCUCCCCCUCCGCGCUCUACCGGCAGCCGCUGGGAGACAUCAUGCCGCAGCCCUGGGGCACCCUGCACGCCGCGUGGAUCAAGACCAUGGGCGGCGCCAGCGCCGCCGCGCCCGGAGUCAUUGUGCCCGGCAGCUGCCGCAGCGGCAUCACCACGGUGCUGGGCUCCUCGCUGCGAAUGCAGGGCUACUACCGGCUGGCCAUCAGCAGCAACGACGACUCGGGCGAGAUGCGGCACGUGAUCGAGGCUGAGCCCAGCUCCCGGGAGGCUGCCAUGGCUGAGCGGCGGCUGGUGCUCACGGUGGACGCGGACGGCAUGGUGACGGAGGUGGACGAUGGACCCACCUGGCUGUACGGCUUCCCGCCGGCGCAACUGCUGGGACGCAGCCUGGCGGAUGUGGUGACGACGCUGAGGCCGCAGCCGGGCAGGAGGAAGAAGGGCGCGGAGUCGGGAGAAGGAGGGGGCGCGGGGAAGGAGGAGGAGCAGCAGCAGGCAGGGGAGCAGGAGGAGGAGGAGGACGAUGUGUCGGUGACGGACCUGCUGUCCAUGCUGAUAUCCAAGGCCAUGAUGCAGAACGGCGUGUCCUGGCGGGUUGGCGUUACAGUCCCCACGGACGAGGAGGAGCUGCGAGCGCUGGGGCCCAUGCGCCAAGCCGUCAUGGCCAAACGCACCACCCCCGCUGUCAUGGAGAUUGAGGUGUCGCUCGACACGACGGCGUUGGGUCGCGGAGCACCCACGGGAACCGGCAUGUGCAGCUGCGGCGAGGAGGGCACCGAAGAUGGCGAGAAAGGGGGCCUCGGCUGGGGCGCGGGUUCGGCGGGCCAGCAUGGGAGUACGGGUGGAAGCGGUAUCUCUACCACGGCGGCUCCUCAGGGGGCCGGGGAUGGCGGCGGAGGCUGCGGCGGAGGCGGUGGCGGAGGCGACGCGGGGUACAAUCCUGAGCUGCUGAAUUCAGCGACGUCGGCCACGCCGGGGGGUGCGGCGACAGGCAGCUCCUCCUCGCUCUUCUGGCGCACCGGGCGGCUAUCGUCAGCCAACGGCGCGCCGCCGCUAUCGCCGGGUUCCGCCGCUGCCAUGACGGCGGCGCUGAUGAGCAGCGGUGGCGGCGGCGGAGGCGGCGGAGGCACGGAGGCGCGCUUGCUCCGACGCUCGGGGAGCGUACCGACCAUACCGGCUCGCAAAUCAAGCGGGCUCGCUGGGUUAUCGUCUGACCCCACUGGAAGCCCCACGGCGGUGGCGGCAGCGGAGGCGGCGGCGGCCCUUGGCGGCGGGUUGCCGCCACCGAAUCCGCCGGCGGCGCGGCGGUCGUCGUUACCGCGUGUACGGCGGAAGAGCUGGAUCGCGAUGGAGGGCCCCGGCGGCGGCAUCGUGGUGGUUAGCGGCGCGGCGGUGGAGGACGCGGCGAAUGGCGGCGUCGGCGGCAGUCGACGUACCCGUCGGCGGAGUUCGAUGCCGGCGGUGCUGGGUCGAGCCAGCUUGGCGGCGGCCACGGCCUGCGCAAAUGUGGAGGUGGAGACGGGGGAGAGUCGGAGCGAGGCGACGCUAGCGGGCGGGAUGGCGGAGGAGGGCGGCGGCGCAGCGCCAGCGGCGGGAUGUCUGUCAACAGCGUUGCCUCAACGUCCCUCCGGUAGUAAGACGCGCAUAUCGUUCGAUGUGAAGGAGAAACACUGCGACGAUGAUGACGGGGACCGCGAAGAGCACUUGCGGCGCAUGCACCAGAUCCGUACACCGUCCCCAUUGAGCAGCGGCUCCCGAGGCAACACCUGGACGAUGCCGACAGAGGACGGUACAGCGGCGCCUUGCGGGGCUGUUGAUACCACCACCGACGACGACGACGGAGGUGAGGUUGGUACGGCAGCGGACUGCGCAGCCGAUGAGCCGCAGCUCAUUCCCGGACAUCCAGUCGGCGACGGCGAUGACGGGGCCGACAGCGAUGGAGCUAUCGGCCACUCCGCUGCUGGCGACGCUGCCACCGCCGCGGUAUCGCGCCAGUCAAGCUCAUCCCUGUACGGCUUCCAAACUGACGGCGGCGGCUGCAGCGAGGACCCCAGCAAGAUGCUGCUGACCAAGCUGCUCUCCGCUCGCUUCACGCGCGUGGCCGCCGGCGGUCCGCUGGACACCGGCCUGUCCACCGGGCAGGAGGACUUGCUGGGGCCCCUGCUGCCGCUGCUCAUGACGUCCAACAACUCCGUCCUUGACGACCUCCCCAAAACCUCCCAAUCUGGCAUGAUCUCGCCGGCGCGCAAGGGAGCAACAGCAGCAACCGCCUCUCCAGUGUCCCCCGGGCCUGAUACCCGAGACAUCGCCGCCGCCGCGGCCAUGGGGACCGGGGAAACGGGGGUUGGCGAAGAUAUCGGCGGUGAUGAGGUUGGCGAUGAUGAUAGUGUGGAGCUGCCGCUGUCUAUCGCGGAUGAUGCACGCGUGGUGGUCAUCCGCGUGAGUCUGUGGCGAGCGGACUUCCUGUCGCCGGUGGUGGAGGUGGACAGCAGUGGAACCAUUGCGGCGAUGGUGGGAGACGACCUGUCACCGCCGGGCCUGCUCUUCGGCGUUCCCACCCCCAGCAUGCUGUCCCAGUCGCUUCACAGCUUCCUGCAGCUUCCCGACCGCUCCGUGUCGGGGCUGUUCCACGACCCCGGCACCGCGCGGCGCGGCGGGCUGAAGACCACCGCCAAGGAGGCCAACAAGGUCGGCAGCCUGCGGGAGAUCACUGCUCGCCACUUCGACGGCCAGCCGCUGGACCUCACGCUGCAGGCGGUGGUCAAGGACUCCUCCCCCACUCGUACAUAUGUCGUACUGAAGCCCCGGAAGCCCUCCAAGGGCAGCCGCGCAGCCCUGCUUAGCAGCGUCGCUGACGUGGGGUUGCGACCCGUACUGGCCCAGGCGCAGGCGCAAGCGCAAGCGGGACUGCCGCUCAGCUCCGUUCCCUCCUCCCUGUCGCAACCGCCCUCUGAUCCGGAGCAGUUGCAAGUGCAGCAGCUGCAGCGGCAGUGGGGUUCGAACCCGCAGCUGCAACUGCAGCUUCCGCAGCCCGAGCAGGGCCAGCAGGUGCCGCAGGGGCAGCGACAAUCGUCUGGCAGUGGCUACAUGGCUAUUUAUCGGAUAAGCAACUUCUUAGGUAAUGAGCCGUACCAUCUUACAGGCGCGCUGUCGGGUGUUCCGGCGUUGCAAGGCGACCUUGCCGGCUUGGGCGCUGCUGCUACUGCCGGCAUUAGCGGCGGCCGAGUCAGUGGCAGUGGCAGCAUUGGCGGCCACCUACGGCCGAGUACGGCACCUGCCUCCGUUGUACGGAACCGCGCUGCGCUGCGCUAUAGCAUGGAGUCAGGCGCCUCCGUUGCCGCCCCUGUUGUCGCCCCAGUCCUACAACAGGAACAGGAGCAGCAGCCGUACAGGCCAUAUACGGCGCCUUCUGCUCCUUCUCCCCGUAUGAAUAACGAAGGGGACGCGGAUGACCCACGGGUCGCUCAGCAGGCGUUGCUGUCACUUCGGCAUCCCUCCGUCUCCAUGCAGCACUUUGGGCGUCAACAUACGCACGGGCAGCCGGGGCCAGGGACGGGUAUGGAGACGGCGGCUGUUAGGCCAGGACCGCUGCUAGCAUUCCAACCCCAGUCAGGAAAUGGGGAUGCCGAGACGAGCCAUCGGGGCGAAGAACACCCCUUUGGUGUGAGCUACCGGCCUGUGGAAAGCGGCCCCACAGCCCCUGGAGCACGCCUCUCAGCUUCAGGCGCCGCCGCCGGCGGUGGUGUUGUCGGCGGUGGAGACGCCAAUAGCUUAUGGGUUCGCACCACCGCGGGACCCUCAGCGGGCCGGGGAUCCAUCCUUUCCGUACGAGCUGGAUCCAGAACAGCAUCAGUCACGCCGGCGGCGCCGCCGCCACUGCCGCUGCCGCCGCAGUCGACACACGGCGACGGCGGCGCCGCCGACAUCGCGUCCAGGGUAGAUGCCGCCGCCACCGACGUAGACUCUUCGCCGCUGGCGUCAGCCAUGUUGCCGUACGACGGCGACUCGACCGACCGAGUGACGCCGCCCAUUUCGCCGACGGAGGUGAGUGCCGGCUCCGGCAGCAGCGGCGCCACCUCCCGCACUGGCGCCGCGUCGGAGGUCCGCCGCCGCCGCAGGCGAGGACUGCACUCCGGCAGUGGCAGCGACAGCGACGGCGGCGGCGGAGCCAGGAGCGAGGUUGACGGGGACGCAGUCCCCGGACAUCACGAGGGUCGUGACCGCCGCGCCGGCGGCGGCUUCGGCCUGGGCCGCGUGCCCAGUCCCAGCCGGAAGGGCCGUGGCGCGGAGGGUGCCGCCGGACGAGUGAGACCCGGCUCUGCCGGCAAGCAGCAUGCGGCGGCGGGGGGAGGUGAGGAGGCGGCGGAGGACGAGGGCGGACUGGACCUGGCCGAUGACGCCAGCGAUAACGCCAGCGGCUCAGUGGUGUCAGAGGUGCUGGACGCCUCCGGACCCACCGCGGACUACCGGCGGGGCAAGCGGUACCGCAAACUGCUCAAGGUGCUUGAAUCCCCCGUGGUGCAGCGAGCCGCCCACGACUUCCAGUGGCAGGCGCUGCUGGCUAAUGUUGCUCAGCUGCUGACCAACCUGACUGCCUUUGUGCUGCUGACGGUGCUGCUGAAGCAGCAGAGCGGCCACGUGCAGCGACUGCAUGCGGCCACCGGGGUCAACCGACUCAUGCACGAGGCCUUCAUUAUCAUGCAGAAGCUGAACAACCAUUACGAGGGGCUGUACCCGGCUGCCGGCUACUACAGCGCCGCCUCGGUGCCGCCCCUGACCGAGGACCUGAAGCUGCACCUUGAUGUGUUCGCGGAGCUCAACACGCAGAUCUACUCGGAUGUCGGCAACGAACGACCCGACCCCAACACGCCGUACGACCCGCGCAAUGCCCAGGACAUUUGGAACAAGCCCGUCCACAACGAAACCCUCUUCUACAGCACCACCCCCUACCGCAUUGAAUAUCGAAACACCUCCCUCUGGGACCUCUCCAGCUCCUUCAUUGAACGCGCCUCCGAAGUACAGCACAUGCACGCCACCUGGGGCCCCGCGCACGCCACCCUCGCCGACUUUGACGCCUACCGCUGGGUCAUGACCAACGGCCUGGGUCCGCUGCAUGAGGGCUACAGCGAUGCGCUGCUGCAGCUGAUGAACAAGGCCAUCAGCCAGGCGCACAGCGUGAACCGGCUGCAGCUGGUGCUGCUGGUCAUCCAGGGCUGUGUGGUGUGCUCGCUGCUGGUGGGCUACAUGUGGUGGCUACAGCGGCGGGUGUCGCAGCAGCGCUACCGGCUGUACUCGCUGUUCAUGUUGGUUCCCGUCGGCCUGCUUCGCGCGCUGGCGUCCAAGUCUGUAGCCGUCACCGACAACUCGGAUGGCGAGGCUUCCUCGGACGAUGAGCACCACGAUGCACAUGUGGGCGGACCCACGGGUCACCAGGGGGACGCGCAGGGUGGGCGCUCGCACUCCUCCUCCGUCAUCAACCUGGCGAUGAAGUCUUCGCUGUGGGGCGGCGGGGCGGGGCGGAGCAGCGAGGCGGAGGGCACCGGCUCACUGGGCAAGUGGCUCGGCUGGAUCGGCCGUCGCGACCCAGCCAACCCCGCCCUCGCGCCCAACCCCUCCUCCGGCUCCGCCUCCCGCCUGCUGCGCCCUCCGAGCGCUAACGGCGGCCACAACCCCAACGGCGGCCCCGGCGCCGGCAGCAGCGGCGGGCACCACAAGCGCCGGCAGCUGGUGCCCUCCAACUACGAUUCGGUGUCGCUUCUGGCGCCCUUUGUGGUGUGGGGCGCACUCAUAUGCGUGCUGUACGCCGUAGGGUUCGUGUUGCUUCAGAACACCGCAGGUCCGCUGGCGCUGCUGAGUACCCACAACGUGGCCGUCGUGCGCAUGCACCGGCUGAUGCUGUACAGCCUGCAGGUGGGCAGCCAGGCGGAUGAGGCGGGCAGGCGGCUGCUGCAACCCGUGCUGGCGCAGGAGCUCAGGGAUUUCGAGCGCGAGUGGGAUGUGCUAAUGUACGGCGCUAACACCACUCUGCGCCAGGAGCGGCAUUUUGAAAUGUGUACGACAAACACCGCGUUCAGUGACGGCCAUCUGUCGUACGAAGCGUUUAGGAUAGACGGCUGUCUGACAGAGCAGCUAUCAGAAGGCGACUUAUCCGUGUGUCGCAACCAGAGCGAUAAGGACUAUGCGGCCACCGUCCAUGGGGUGAGCAUGAUGAUCGAGCGGUUCAAGGAGGACGUGUCGUACCUAGUCCGCCUGCCGCCCGCCCUGAUCAGCCUCAACAGCUCCCAUUUGGACUACAUCAUGCGAGAGGGGGAGACCAACGUUGAGAACGGCAUUAACACCGUCGCCGGCAGCCUCAUCAGCAACAUCGACUCCCUCUACCACCACGUCAGCCUGCUGCAGAUCUUCAGCCUCGUCAUCUCCUGGUUGCUGGCGGUGGCUUUCAUCUUCGUGCAGCUGCGUCCCUUCCUGCGCAGCAACCACGCGGAAACACAACGCAUUGCGCGCAUGCUCAGUGAGCUGCCGCCGGAUGUGGAUAUCGAGGGUAUCGUGGCACGGGUGCUGCUGCGGCCGGAGGCAGCGUCGGGAGGAGGUGGGGGCGGCGGAGGAGCGCCGGUGCAGCGUAGCAGUGGGAGCGCUGGGGCGGGCGGUGAGGGAGGGACGAGUGGGCGGCUGUCUGCGGCGUUGAGGGAGAUGGUGAGCGCGGGGAGUAAGCGGUGGGCGCAUGGGCCCAGGCUGUCUGGCUAGGUGGCGGUAGUGAUGGUAGCGGCAUGGUGGGGAAGGGAUGGCGCGGAACGGUGUGUGAAGUGUGCGGGUAAGCUGAGAGAGAGUUGGAGGCUUAACGGUUGUUUGGUUGGUUUGUAGAAUUGUUGACUUGGAAGCUAAGCAUUUUAGAGCUGGUGUGGGAUGCCCACGCUGCCGCUGUUUAUUGAGCUUAAACCUUGUUACUCGAACCCUUGUACUAAGGACUGCUGUUGGUGUUGCCAGCUGUUUAGGGUUUUCGGUUAGCUCAGUUUCCGGGGCCGUACGACAUGUCAGUUGGUGUCGGUUGGCGGACCCGACGCUAGUAUGAGAGGGUGCAUGUGUGUUUUGCACCUGCACACGCUGUGCGGCGUCCCCUGCGGCUAUGGUUCUCUUUGGCUGGUUUGGCCGUGUUGUCAUCGUGCUUCCCUAUUUCAACAGGUUACUGUUUGCCACAGGAGACUUGGAUCACUGGCGUAUCAGAACUGCGGACAUCUUUUUUGAACAGUGAUGGCGAGAGACAGCUAUGGUGCUUUGGAGAGCUAACGAGUCUUGCGUGUGGAGACGUGGCAGCUAGUGUGUUAACAAGAAGCGUGUGUGUUGUGUUUUGCGUUGUGCGGCAUUAAAGGGCUGCAGACUGCUGUGUGUUACACGUAUGCUUGAAGAAGAUUGACGGCGAAGCGGCACGUGUGACGGUGCUGUGCAGUGCGAAUGAGGUGAUUGAGAGUGAAGUACGGUACUUCAAGUGUUUCGGAGCGUGUCACAUCAUAGAGCAUGUAUGUGUAGUUGAGCGGAAACAAGAGCAAGCAGUUGGGAUGGGUUCAGAUGGUGGGAGCAUGUAUGUGUCUGAAGACGACCCACAUUAGGCGGAAGGAAUGCGAGGGUGAGCAGUGUCGUACGGAAUGUGGUCUGAGCCAUCCAGGGACAUUGCCUGGGUGCAGAGAGGGUGCCAAAGAGAAACCAAAACAGAUGAAACCACAAGUUAGGGCAACGUAAUGAAGAUGGAGGUGGGGUUGAAUGCUGCGGUUGGAACAGAAGGCGGCUAGGCCGCUCAGUCGGGGGCGGCGGCUAGCGGUCUUGGUGUUGGCUUUUUGGUGACUCGGCUUGGGUGCGGCGAUUGCCAGGGUAGCCUCAUGCGGCGGAAACCGGGAUUAACAUGUGUUUGUACCCUGCAGGCCCGCCUGCCUCUUGGCUUUGUCGUGUUUUGUUCUUUGGAAAUGGGCGAGGCCGUAUUGUAACGUCGUAACCGAGAGCAUUGGCAGGAUUGUCAGUCGCUGACAGGACCCGGGACAAAGCCACUUGCCGUUUGGUCUUUCUAACGGAUUUCACUUUGGAAUAAGCGGCGUGAUGUAACAUACACGCGGUGCGAGUAGGAUGUAGGGCUGCCGGUGUGAUGCCGCAUCAUCUGGGUGCACCAUGCGUCUGCAAGACCCGGCCAUGCAUGAAGAGCCGGGAUGAAUAUGUGCUUUGCAGCACAACGCCCGUUGCUUUUGCCCUAAUCGACACUCCUGGUUAUCGGUAACAAACCGUCUGUAACGAGCAUUUGUUUC